CUCCGCUCGCAGUUCUUUCCGGCUUCCCUGCUGGUGUCGGCUCCGAGAGCUCUGGCUUAUCAGGACUCCGUAGUUCUCCAACAGAGAAAUCUUGAGAAGGACUGACCAGUUUUUGCAGUUCUAAAACCAUGGCCCAUGGUUCAGUGACAUUCAGAGAUGUGGCCAUAGACUUCUCACAGGAAGAAUGGGAAUUCCUGGAUCCUGCUCAGAGGGACUUAUAUAGGGAUGUAAUGUGGGAGAACUACAGCAACUUCAUUUCACUAGCAGGACCUUCCAUUUCUAAACCAGAUGUGAUUACCUUAUUGGAUGAAGAAAGGAAGGAACCUGGGAUGGUUGUGAGGGAAGGGACAAGAAGAUACUGCCCUGAUUUGGAGUCCAGAUACAGGACCAAUACUUUAUCUCCAGAAAAGGACAUUUAUGAAAUAUAUUCAUUUCAGUGGGAUAUAAUGGAAAGAAUUAAAAGCUAUAGCCUUCAGGGUUCCAUUUUUAGGAAUGAUUGGGAAUGCAAAAGCAAGAUUGAGGGGGAAAAGGAACAACAAGAGGGAUAUUUUGGGCAAGUGAAAAUUACCUCUGAAAAAAUGACCACUUACAAAAGGCACAAUUUUCUUACUGAGUAUCAGAUCGUUCAUAAUGGAGAAAAGGUGUAUGAGUGUAAGGAGUGUAGAAAGACCUUUAUUCGUCGCUCAACACUUAGUCAACACCUGAGAAUUCAUACUGGUGAGAAACCUUAUAAGUGUAAGGAAUGUGGGCAGGCCUUUAGACAGCGUGCACAUCUUAUUCGACAUCACAAACUUCACACCGGUGAGAAACCCUAUGAAUGUAAGGAGUGUGGGAAGGCCUUUACAGUGCUCCAAGAACUUACUCAACAUCAGAGACUUCAUACGGGUGAAAAACCCUAUGAAUGUAAGGAAUGUGGAAAGGCCUUUAGAGUACAUCAGCAACUGGCUCGACAUCAGAGAAUUCACACUGGUGAGAAACCCUAUGAAUGUAAGGACUGUGGAAAGACCUUUAGACAGUGUACACACCUUACACGCCAUCAGAGACUUCAUACUGCUGAAAAGCUCUAUGAAUGUAAGGAAUGUGGGAAAGCCUUUGUAUGUGGUCCAGACCUUAGAGUACAUCAGAAAAUUCAUUUUGGUGAGAAACCCUAUGAAUGUAAGGAAUGUGGAAAGGCUUUUAGAAUAUGCCAACAACUUACUGUUCAUCAGAGUAUUCAUACUGGUGAGAAACCCUACGAAUGUAAGGAAUGUGGGAAGACUUUUAGAUUAAGACAACAACUAGUUCGCCAUCAGAGAAUACAUACUCGUGAGAAACCCUAUGAAUGUAUGGAAUGUUGGAAGACCUUUAGUAGUUACUCACAGCUUAUUUCACACCAGAGCAUUCAUAUUGGUGAGAGACCCUAUGAAUGUGAAGAGUGUGGAAAGGCCUUUAGACUGCUCUCACAACUUACUCAGCAUCAAAGUAUUCACACUGGUGAGAAACCUUAUGAAUGUAAGGAAUGUAGAAAACCUUUUAGACUGCUCUCACAACUUACCCAACAUCAGAGUAUUCACACUGGUGAGAAACCUUAUGAAUGUAAGGAAUGUGGUAAGGCUUUUAGACUUUAUUCAUUUCUUACUCAACACCAGAGAAUUCAUACUGGUGAGAAGCCCUACAAGUGUAAGGAGUGUAAGAAGGCCUUUAGACAGCAUUCACACCUUACUCAACAUCAGAAGAUUCAUAAUGGAAUUUAAUAGAAGAAAGCCUUCAAAUGUAUAUGAUGUUACAGAACAUCAGAAAAUUCAUUUUUGAGAAAAUGUGUUUCAUGCUCAAUUCCAAGCAUAAUAAAUUUUAUAUUAGAGAAAGAAUAUGUUGAUUUAAAAGCCUUCCAACACCAUUUAAACGUGGUUUAUCUUCAGCAAAUUCCUAUGAGAGAAUAAUGUAAUGAAUGUAGGAAAAUCUUUAGCCUUAUCUGUCAUUAUCUCCCUUUCUCCACUUGAUUACCAGUUUGAUUUAUUGGACAAGAUACUAAGCUUCUGUGCCUCAUUUUGCUGACUUGUAAAAUGGUAAUAAUAGUACUUAUAUGUAUUAGUUAUUUAUUGCUGUGUAAUAAAUUACCACAAACUUAGUAGCAUAAAAUAACAUACAAUUAUAUCUUAUAAUUUGGAUCAGGAGUAUAGGCAUGACUUAGUUGGGUCCUCUGCUUCAGGGUCUCUUGCAAGGCUACAGAUUUCAGCCAGGGCUGAGGUCUCAUCUGAAGGCUCAACUGGGGAAGGAUCCACAUCUAGACUAACAUAGUUGUUACCCAAAUGUAUUUCCGUGAGGCCUGUUGCAUUGAGAUUCUCAGUUUCUAGCUGGCUGUUGGCUGAAUGCUGACUGCAGUUCCUGGCCACAAUAGCCUCAUCAACAUGGCUGCUUGCUUCAUCAAGGCAUGCAAGCCAAAAGGGAGGAGAGUCUGCUAGCAUGAUGGAAGUUACCAUCUUGUAUAAUCUAAUCAUGGAAGUAACAUUCCCUCACCUUCUACUGGUAGAAGUAAGUUACUAGGAUAGCCCACACUCAAGAGAAGGGGAUGAUACAAGAGUGUGAAUAAGUCCUGGAGACAGGACCAUUGGGGGGCCUGUUUAGAGUCAGCCUGCCACACUGUGGAAUAGGAUUGUUGCAAGGAGUAAGUAGUUAAUACUUGGAGGAAUCACAGUCAUAUAGCAUGUAUUCUGUAAAUAUUAUCUAUAAUUAUUAUUAUUGUCAUUAGUAUUAGUGAAUUCACAUAAAAGGAAGAUCUGUAGACAUAAUAAAUGUAGAAAUGCCUCCUGUCACCUCUCAGAAAUUAUUAAACAUAAUUUAUUCUAGGUAAAAUUUAGAUUGUAGUGAAUGUAGGAAGUUCUUCAGCACUUGAGCUGCAUUAGAAAUUUCAUGCCAAAAAUGAAUUUCUUGAAUGUGAGGUCACUAGUAAUACAGCUGUUGAAGAAUUAGAGGGAAAUAGGAAACGAUUUUCCCAUAAUUGCAAAAAGGAAAAGGCUUACAAUCCCUGUUGUCUGACCACAGUUUAAAAUUAAUUAGAAACUAUCAAAAAUGUGGCUUAAAAGAAAUUAACCACCUAGGAAUUUAAUAUUGUUGUGUAUAUUUAUGUGUGUGUAUAAAACUCCUGUGGGAAAGAAACAAAACAUCAUUCUAUAAGUCAGUAUACUUUUUGAUGCUCAAAAUGGCAUAUCUUCAACCAAUAGGAGUUGUUUCAAGUUGAGUUUUUGAUGUGAUCCCACCAAUAAUUUGAUAGUUUCCUUGAUUGUGGCUGCAUAAUUCGGUAACCUAUGAAAGAUGCUAGAGCACCAAUUUAUAAUUUUUUUUUUUUGAGACAGGGUGUCACUUUGUCCUCCAGGCUGGAGUACAGUGGCACAAGCAUAGUUCACUGUACCAUUCCUCCUGGGCUCAAGUGAUUCUCCCAUCUAAAUUUUUUUUUUUUUUUUUAGAGAAAGGGUCUCACUAUGUUGCCCAGGCUGGUCUUGAACUUCUGGGCUCAAGUGAUCCUCCCUUCUUGGCCUCCAAAGGUGCUGGGGUUACAGGCAUGAGCCACCGCACCCAGCCCAACUCAUUAUUCUUGAAAUCAAUAAAUCAGAGGAAAAAUUGUCACUGAGUUUCCUUUUCCCAUGUGAACCAAAUUUCAGGGUCACCAGAAGUUCAUCAAAUUCAAAUGGAUUUGGCCUGGCACAGGGGCUCACACCUGUAAUCCCAGCACUUUGGGAGGACAAGGUAGGUGGAUCACUUGAGGCCAGGAGUUUGAGACCAACCUGGUCAACAUGGUGAAACCCUGUCUGUACUAAAAAUACAAAAAUUAGCCAGGCAUGGUGGCACACACCUGUAGUCCCAGGCUCAGGUGGGAGGAUUGCUUGAACCCAAGAGGCAGAGUUUGCAGUGAGCUGAGAUCGUGCCACUGCACUCCAGCCUGGGUGACAGAGUGAGACCCUGUCUCAAAACAAAACUUUUUUUUUUAGUGGGUUUUUCUUUUAUAAAGAAGUCUAAUAAAUCUAGAAGGAAUUAUAGGAUUAGAAAAAUCACCAUUUUCUAGACCUUAAUGGAAUAAUGGGUCCAGAAAACACGAUCUUCAAUGGGCAUUACAACUAAUAGGUGAAAUAUUUUAUAGCGAGAUUUUUAUGGUGGAUCUAUCAAGCUGGCCACCUCUGAACCCUUUGAUCUGUUUUAACCUUAAUAAAAAUGGGUCUAUCAGACAACACACACACUUCCUGACAUAAUGCAAUAGGAAGUCCACACCACCAUCUACAAAGCCUUAUUACUGGAAUAAUAAACGGAAAGCAGACAGGGACUAGAUGAACAGUGUAUGGUCAUCCCUUGGUAUCCAUGGGGAAUUGGUUCCAGGAUCCUCCACUGAUGGUAAAAUCUGAGGAUGCUCAAGUCCCUUGUAUAAAAUGGCAUAGUAUGUAUUUGCAUAUUACCUACUCACAUCUUCCUGUAUACUUUAAAUUAUCUUUAGAUCACUUAUACCUAACACAAUGUAAAUACUAUGUAAAUAGUUGUUAUACUGUAUUUUUCAAUUUGCAUUAUUUUUUAUUGUAUUUUCAUUUUUAUUGGUUUUUUUUUUUUUGAGUAUUUUCUAUUUGAGGUUGGUUGAAUCUGCACAUAUGGAGGGCUGGCUAUAAAGGGCACCACAAGGAAGAAGCCAAACAGAUCCAGAAUGUGUGAAAUUCUACAGAGCAAAUUACCUGAUUUCUUCAACUAACAGGUAGCAUGAAAAUACAAGGGGAAGGGCAACCAUUAACAGAUUAAAAGAGACUUAAAGAGACAUAUCAACUAAAUUCAGUACGUUGGCAUUACUUGGACCUGGUUUGAACAAAACAUAAAAAGCCAUUUUGGAGACAGUGAGGGAAGUGUGGACAUGGACUAAAUAUUAAAUGAUGUUUACAUAUAUUAAUUUGGUUAGGGAUUAUGUCAAUGUGAUUAUAAAAAAUAAAAGAUCCUAUGUGUUAGAGAUACAUACUAUGAAAUGAAGAUAGACACAUUUGGAUUAAAAUAUUUCAGCAAAAGAAAAAUAAUUGGCAAAGAGAGCCGGAAACUAAAUUGGCAACAUGUUGAUAAUUUAAGUGGAGUGGUUUGUUCAUGGAGAUUUAUUGUUCUAAUAUUUCUACUUUUGUAUGUGUUUGAAAUUUCAAUAAUAAAAUGUUUAAAAUCUAAACCAAAA